ACUUGAACUGGAUAAAGUUAUUUUGAAGUUGUUUUCMAUGCUACACGAGCUACUUUUAGCCUUGUCGGGCAACUGUGGAGGUGUUUUCAUUAAGAAGGGAAAGAACAACCUUCAGGUUGCUGCAGACUUGCCAUUUAUCCACGAUUGCGAAGUAACCCUUCUGAAUAGAAUCUGUAGGCUAGGAUCCUACUACUGUAACUUCCAGGAAUUCAUCGAAAAAGCAUCCAAAGUGUUUGACAGUUCAAAAGGAARUAAWGARACYAGCGGUUUGUAUAUUCAAGCAUUUUGUACAGGGCUUGAACAAAUACUCGAGGACUACAGACAUGAGCUGGUACUUAUAGAAGAUAAGGUGUUAAAGGAUCCGUGUCUUCCAUUGUCAUUURUAGAGCAUUCAUUGGAAGAAUAUCAAGUUUUGUUUCCAUCUUUGGCUGCUUUAGUUGAUCAAAUUCAAAGUCAGAAGGCUAAUGGGUGUAAAAUACUAGACUUUCUUUACAAGUCAUCCAUUUGUGGAAUUCCUCAUGUUAAGGAUGCUUUUGAAAGGAUUCUUUAUGUCUGCCAUGGUGUCCUAUACCAGCAAUUAAGUGCCUGGUUGCUGCAUGGUCUCUUGAUUGACAGCCAUGAUGAAUUCCUCAUCACAAAAGCCACCCCAGUAAAUACUGAAAUCCCAAAGAGCGAAGAUAACRUGGACAGUGAUUUGGGAAUUGGUGGAGUUACAGGAAAACAGCUUUCUGAUAUUAUGGAAGGAGAAAACAAGCAGGCUAUACCAGUUCUAUGGCAGUUCAAAAUCAAUGCAGAAAUGCUACCAUCCUACAUACCAACCAGAGUGGCUGAAAAGAUUCUUUUUGUGGGAGACUCWGUCAAAAUGUUUGAAGACGCCAAGAUAGGGAAAGAAACAAGAAGAUCAAAAUCUAUUGUACAUGACAAGGAAGAGGAAUUUCUACGAUCACUUUAUUCACUUCAGCAAAGAUCACACUUUAGUUUAACAGCUUUUGAAAGUGAAAUAGAUAAAAUAAGAACAUACGUAGCCCAGCAUUUAUGGAAGCUUGUUGUAGAGGAUGCAAAGCUUUUAAAACAUUUACAGAUWAUCAAAGAUUACUUCUUGCUYGGCCGAGGGGAACUUUUUUCUGACUUCACUGAGCAUGCUCAGCAUUUACUMAAAAUUCCUCCAACUACCAACACAUCUCAUGAUGUAAAUACCAUAUUCCAGCAAGUCUUACACAAGUUCAUUCCUGAUGAUGAUGAAAGCAGCUCUUUGUUUACUUUAAUUGUUGACAUGGAUGCUUUUCARAACAAGAAAAAAGCAAUGCAAGACCAAGGUGUGAUAAGUGGCUGGGAAUGUUUGAAUGUCCAUUACAAUGUACAGUGGCCAUUGCAUAUUCUUUUUCAGAAACCAAUAUUAGAAAAAUACAAUUCACUAUUCCGUCAUCUUUUGAAUGUCAAACGUACCCAGCAAGAUUUACAAAGGGUCUGGGCACUACACAUGGGUACGAAACACCAGUCCAGCCACUUUAGUCACAUGACUAGGGUUUGGCUUCUUAGAAUGCACAUGGCCUUCCUKGUUGACAAUCUACAAUAUUAUCUUCAGGUUGAUGUUUUGGAAGCUCAGUUCACACAGCUAAUAGAAAAGAUUAAUAGUACUCAAGAUUUUGAGUCAGUUCGCUUGGCACAUGAUCAUUUUGUUACCACAUUGAUGUCCCAGUCAUUUCUCCUUUUAAAACCUGUAGCYCAUUGUCUCGAUGAAAUCUUAACUCUUUGUCAAGGUUUUUGUUCUUUAUUGYUACAAAUAACUGAUAAACUAUCAGAAAGAGAGGAAGUGCAGAUUGAGAAUAUUUCCAAGAAUUAUGAGCGCCAGUCCAAUCUGUUAUUCAAGAUAUUGUCUAGUGUGCGUGGCUACCAGGCUACUCCUCAUCUGGCACAGUUACUUCUGCGCAUUGACUUCAACAAAAAGUUUUCUUCUGCAASUUCUCCAAGUUUUAACAGUGAUAACACUUCAAGUCAAGCAACAAUGCAAUGACGAAGCCUCAUAGCACUACCCAAGAAUGGCUUUUAUUCACAAUAAAUAUAAAAAUCUUUAUUUACAUGAUAUCAACACCUUAAAAUAUCAUUUACUCAUAUUUCUCUAAUAGAUUUAUUUACAGCAUCAUUAAUAAUAAUCUUUGCAGAUAGUUUUGAAUGAUAAAACUACAAAUUUUUAUCCUUAGAGUGAGUGCCACUGGACUGUGAAACAAUGUUACUGAUCUUUAAAGGCUAAGCUAAGCUAUUGUUGUGAAGUUGCUAAAUUGAGAGACAUUGCUCUAAUAAUAUAAUAAUAAAAAUAUAUUAAUAAAAAUAAUAUCUUCAGAGCAAUACAAUCAUGGCACAGUAUUUCUGAGGUGGCUAAACUAAGAAACACUAAUAUUACAAUAAUAUAUGAGUAAAUGUAUCUUGUUUAGAAAAUAUUGUAAGUUGCCUUGAGGUUUUUGACAGCACUUAGUAGUUUCUAUUUCAUGGCUCAGUAACAGUUUCAAUCUAGAUGUCUCAYUUCAUUUUUUUCAUGUGUUAUAAUACAGCACAGUUCUUGGUUGCUUCAUCGUUGCUAAUUAAAUUGAUAGUAGAUCUGUAGAAACAAAUGUAAAUACUUUAGUAACAAAGCAAAUUGUAAUAUAAAUGUGUGAUUAAGAAAUGGCACAGUUGUGAUAAAAGGACAAUGAAAAGUUAUU